GGGAAUGUGCAGACACACACACACACACACAUACACACAGAGCAGUGAGUGAGGAGAGUUAAGUGGAACCCCGACCCACAGAGGACGCCAAGAAGCAACAAGACCGACCGUUGGGUAACAAUGAAAGCGUUGAUCCUAGUUGGAGGCUAUGGGACGCGGCUGCGGCCGCUCACACUCAGUGUUCCCAAACCUCUGGUGGAUUUCUGCAACAAACCCAUUCUUCUGCAUCAAGUGGAGGCUUUAGUAAAGGCUGGGGUGACGCACGUGAUCCUCGCUGUCAGCUACAUGUCGGAGAUGCUGGAGAAGAAAAUGAAGGAACAGGAGCAGCGGCUUGGUAUUCGUAUUUCACUCUCGCAUGAAAAGGAGCCUUUAGGAACAGCUGGACCACUUGCUCUGGCUCGAGAUCUCUUAACCAGUAACUCUGAGCCUUUCUUUGUGCUAAACAGUGAUGUGAUCUGUGAGUUUCCCUUUGAGGAGAUGGUGCGCUUUCACAAGCAUCAUGGGAAGGAGGGUACUAUUGUGGUGACCAAAGUGGAGGAACCAUCCAAGUAUGGAGUAGUGAUCUACGAAGCUGAGAUUGGGCGGAUCCAUCGAUUUGUAGAGAAGCCACAAGUCUUUGUGUCAAACAAGAUCAAUGCAGGGAUGUACAUCUUCAGCCCCACGAUUCUCAACAGAAUCCAACUGAGGCCAACAUCCAUAGAGAAGGAGAUUUUCCCUGUGAUGGCGCAGGAGGGCGAGCUGUACGCCAUGGAACUCCAAGGGUUCUGGAUGGACAUUGGCCAACCCAAAGACUUUCUGACCGGGAUGUGCAUGUACCUACAAUCUCUUCGACACAAAGCACCAGAAAGGCUGCAUCAAGGGCCUGGCAUCGUCGGAAAUGUGCUGGUGGACCCAAGUGCCUGGAUUGGAGAGAAGUGUUCUAUCGGUCCGAACGUGACGAUAGGCCCAGGGGUGGUGAUAGAGGACGGGGUCCGGAUAAAACGCUGCACAGUUCUCAAGGGCUCACGGAUUCGCUCUCAUUCCUGGCUGGAGUCUUGCAUUAUCGGCUGGAGUUCAGAUGUCGGGCAGUGGGUGCGGAUGGAGAAUGUUGCGGUGCUGGGAGAGGACGUGAUUGUGAAAGACGAGCUUUACCUGAACGGGGCCAAUGUCCUGCCUCACAAGUCCAUCGCCGAUUCUGUGCCUGAACCCAAAAUCAUCAUGUAGAGAGAGCACUAAUAGCCACACGCACACAGAACUAACUGCUCAAGAGUGAACCUGCAGAGCUAUCCUGGAUGCAGUUUGUUUGCCAACAGUCAACAUAUACACUCGAGCAGCGAAGGAGAGAUUCUGCACUUUGGCAGCUGAGCUAAAUCUUACCCUGUGAGGUUGUCUGCAUCUCCUCCCCACACUGUUUGUCCUAAUGAAUUUGGGGGACAAAAGGGUUACAGCAAGGAGUUUUUGUGACUUGCAUAAUGCAUUAUUAAGAUGCCUCCUACCCUUUUCGUUCCUCUCUAUUGGCAGACGCUCGGAAUAAAACUUAGCUUCACACAGAGAUGUUAGUUCUAUGCAGUUGAUAUUCAUUGGAGCUUCCAUUAGGGAAGCAGCCAAAACGAUCUGAAUCAUUCCAUCAAGGCAACAAAUCUAUUGAAAUUCUUUGACCGGUGGAAAUUGACUUUGUGACAAGUCGGAAGUUGCUGCUUGAGUUGCACUUUUAGAAUCGCCAAGUUGUGAGGUAAAGGGUGCGAGAGGGGAUCUGCGCUUUUCUGGGGUGAUAAAUGGGAUUUUUUAUUAACAAUUUAAUUAUUUGGCUUUAAGUGUUUUCCAGUCUACAGGAAUUAAAUGUAAUGGGCGAAGCUGAGAUUUGCAUCAGUCAUAUCCACUUACCAAACUACACCUUUACCUUCGUGAUGGAGUGGCUCGUGUGCCAAGAUCCUGGCUUGGUGUUGGCACCUGCAGAUGAGGGGCUACAGCUAACCAGCAGGUGUCUGACAUUGCGCACCUUAACUGCAACAUCAUGAAACUGGUGGAGUCUGUACUUUCUGAUGUCAAAGCUUAAAACACCUGACAUGUAGUUUUAUAAAUCAUUCAGUUUGGUUAGCAAUACCCUUCCUCAAAUAAUGUUACUGAGGGUGGCGGGAUUUACAACGCCUUGCAAACACCUUGUUCGAAGGUGAAAUAAUUAUAAUACUGGAUCCUUUUUCCAAUCUGAGUGACGUAAUCUAAAUGAAACACAUUUCUGUUUAGAUAAUUUGGUAGAAAAGCGAAUCAAGUCCUAGGAUAUGAGAGCUCAUUUAAUUCAAAACUAAUUUCUUUAGAGCACUGGGAAAGGAAGUGGCUGCUUAAAUGCUCUGUAUAAUUGUAAUAAAUUGCUGCCUCUGGUUGUAUUUUAACAUGGAAAAUCUUGAAAUGAAUUUUAUACAGAUUGUAUGAAUUUAAAGAAAAAUGAACAAAUUUUAGUAAAA